CGGGAUAAUGUGUUAUUAUAACCUGUACUCGAAUGUCAACAAUCAAUGGGCAGCAAUAAGGUCAGCAAUGAGGUUUUCACUGGGCACAGACUCUGUCGUCGUUGUCCAUUAACACAAUGUGGGUUUAUCGUAACAGUUCCAAUCGGGUUGUAUAAACUGAAGCAUGUACGACUCAACAUGACCUACUCUUGCGACAUUUCUGAGGAUCUACCCGGGCGUAGUGGUACCCCGACCCUGGUCAUGGCAGAGAAAACGAGGUCCUCUGGGCGGUGCUUUAGGGUGAUCAGAAGCAAUCUGCUUGUCAUCCUCACAUUCGUUGGGGUAACAGUCGGUUUUGUUAUAGGAUACUGCGUCCGUCUUGCAACUCCCUCACAAGAUGCCCUUAUAUGGAUCGGGUUGCCGGGGGAGAUGUACAUGAGGAUGCUGAAGAUGAUGAUCCUACCCCUCAUCAUAUGCAGCGUCAUCGCAGGUACAGCAUCAUUAGACCCAAAGUGUAACGGUAGAGUGAGUCUCAUCUCUCUCUUCUACAUCAUCACCACCAACGCCAUCCCUGCUCUCGUCUCCAUCGCCAUAACUAUCGCCAUCAAACCAGGUAAUGGCGUGGAUCUUACUUCCGGCAGCGAGAAGACCAUCACGCAGAUAAUGGAAACACAGGAUAUAUUUGCCGACCUCAUCAGAAACCUAUUUCCUGACAACAUAGUCACAGCUUGUUUUAAACAGGCUCAGACGAAGUAUCUUGUAACAGAGAAGGUCGUCAUGGUAAACGAGUCUGGCGACAUCAUCAACAACACCGUUGUCGACGUCGUGAAGACAGUUGGUUCUGCAGAGUCCACUAAUGUAUUAGGUCUGGUCAUCUGCUGCAUGAUAUUCGGGAUGGCCACCACAGCCUUGGGGGACGUUGGCAAACCUUUCUUCAUCUUCUUCCACUCAACCAGUGAGAUCAUCAUGAAAAUACUGCGUUGGCUCAUCUGGUUCACGCCAGUUGGAGUGGCCAGUCUUAUAGCAGAAGCACUAGCUCGAGCAGGGAAUCUGUCCAGUACAUUCCGAUCUCUUGGCAUGUUCGCUUUGGUGGUCUGUGUAGGGUUAGCCGUCUAUCAGCUCAUCGUCCAACCCAUCCUGUUCUUCCUCGUCACAAGAAUCAACCCGUAUCGGCGUCUCAUUACGUUUGGGAGACCAUGGAUGGUCACCUUUGCGACUGCUAGUUCUGCUAUCGCUAUCCCCGAGACGCUCACCAUACUGGAAGGGAAGGAGAACAAAGUGGACAAGCGCAUCGCCCGCUUCGUCGUUCCCUUCGCAGCCAGCAUCAACAGGGAUGGCAGUGUCGUCUACAUCAGUGCUGCCUGCAUAUUCAUCGGCCAGCUUACCAACGUCGAUAUGGACGCCACGAAGAUUCUCCUUAUAUGGAUGUUGACCCUCGUCAUCUCUGUGGCCAUCCCGUCUGUGCCCAGUGCUAGCAUCGUGGCCGUACUCAUCAACCUAACAGCUCUGGGCAUCCCAUCAGACAGUAUCGGCCUUCUCUUUGCCUUGGAGUGGAUUCUGGAUCGUCUGCGAUCUGCAUCGAAUGCACUGAGUCAUGCGUAUUGUGCGAUACUGACUCAUCAUUUCUGCAAGAGCGUGUUGACAGCGGCCGACACGAACCACGAGGGAACCGAUACUAUCGUAGAUCCUUUGAAUGAAUACAAUUUAAAAAGUCAAAAUGUAACUUGCAACGAUGGCAAAAUGUUGGAAUUAGAUGAUGUAUGAUGAUGUACGGUCAGUUGUUCCGUGUACCAAACUAAAUGGGAUCAUCCUCGAUUAUCAGAGGUAAUGUAAUUCUAUUCAUUAUGAAAAAUACCCUUGGCCCAUUGGCUGCGGAGUACGAUGACACACAAUCAGCCAAGCCUCAAAGCCUGAUCACACGAGCUAUUUAGACGCCUCGUUCGAAAAGAAUAGGUUUAUUGGGACUUAUUCUAAUCUGGAAUCUGAUGUGCAUUUCAAUUUACAAAGGAGGGCGGUGUCCAUAGUUUGUAAACAAGCCUAUUUCAAUAUUCUGAGACAAGGGGGCAGUUGAAAGAAGUGACACUAUUACACAGUACAUUAUACACACGACAGCUGUGCCCUUUUACCAUAUUUUGUUUGGGGCAUAAAAAAUGUUUACUAUUCAUAUACAAAUGACAACACCUGAGACACUUAAAAUUCUAACAGAAAACACCAACUGUAUUUUGACUUAAAGUUGAUUUUAUUAAAUGUGAUAUAUUUCAACCUAAUACAAGUUAGCUGUAUCAAUUUGUAUUUCCUAUUUUGUUGAUUCUCUUAUCCGAAUUGAAUAAAUAAAUAAAACAA